UCACGCGCAGCCUUUUUGUUUACCUCUCCGGCAAAUGAGAGAAAGUGGCUGGGACCCUGCGCGGCGAGAGCUAUAAAAACCCCUCGGGCGGCAGCCGCACCAGAACCCAGGCCAGGCUAAACCCCCGAAGGAGAGACACAACGACAAGGAGAGGAGGAGGAGGAAGAGGAAGCGGUGCGCCAGCGGCGUCUGCGCCACUUGGGCUGCCUCGACUGCUGCCAGCGACGCAGCAUGGACAGCUCUCGGCUGCGCCUCUGUACUUCUCCACCUGGCGCGCACAACGCCCGGAUCUGCUGCAGAGGACAAGCGAGGUCCGGAGGAUUCUGGAGACCUUGGAUUCCCACCCCCAAAGAUGCAGAAAGGCAGCGCAGGCGAGACUACAGGGCGUUGUGCAGCUCUUCUGAGACAGACUCAGCAAAACUCACACAGUAUAUACAUCCAGUUAGGUUAUUCUGGCCCAAAUCAAGGUGCUUUGACUACUUGUAUCAAGAAGCUGAAGCACUUCUGAAGAACUUUCCUGUCCAAGCCACAAUUUCCUUCUAUGAAGAUUCAGAGAGUGAGGAGGAUAGUGAUGACUCGGAACAUGAUUCUGGAGCAGAAUUGGAUUCUUAAUUAUAAUGAAUGUUAAUACCACUGUUCAUAUUCAUUCGUUAAUUUAAUAUUGAUAUCAACAUGCUAUCAUAGUAUUUUAAGCUAAUUUAUAUGUAAGUUAUUUUUCAUUAAAAGCAAGCAUUUUACAUUUUUAUAGAAACAGUAUUGAGUUUUGUUUUAUUUUAUGCCUGCUACACUCCUCUGUUCCUCUGAAAAUAGCAACUCUUUUAUGCUGGUAGUACCAUAGGGCAGCAGAGUCAAUUAGAAUUACAGAGCUGCAGAGGUGGUUGGAUGCAUUGUGGCAGCGGACAGAAGUAAGGAGGGGUGAGCUUGCAUAUUGGAAUCUGGAUAUAUGUCCAGAUAUAUAUCCCUUAAAAAGAUACUUAAAAAAAUAAAAUAUGCCCUAUACCCUGAUUCUGAACAUAUUCAGAAGAAGAAGCCCUAUUGAUUUCAGUGGAACUGAUGUUCAUGUAAGAAUUUCAGCCUUGCAUUGUUUUUCAGGGUUAAAAAAGAGAAGCAUACAAACCGGCAAGAGGGAGAAAUGUGAAUUUGUGUUUCCUGUGUUGUGUGCCACACAUCACAUAUGAAAAUAUUGUCAUUCUGGAAGCUGCCCUUAGAAAAUGAAAGAGGCAGCUCAUUCUUAAAUUAUUCCAUUCUUAAGUCAACAAAGGAUCUAAGCCUGCAAUCCUACACUAACCUGGAAGUCCUAUUGAACUCAGUGAGGCCUACUUCUGAAUAGACAAGUGUAGGAUUGCACUGUAGGGCUGUAAUCCUAUGUACAUUUACUUGGAUGGAGCUCCAUCACCUUCAAUAGUUGUGUAGAAUAGAGAAUUUCAGAUGUAGCUUGUCAUGCAAGGUGAAAUUUUCUGUUCUGCACAACUAUUAAAGGUGGGGAAAACCCAUCCUCUUUUGCAUCUAGUUAUCCUACCUGAUAUCAUGCCUCACUGAGAACAAUGGGGCUUGCUUUUGAGUAAACAUUGCCUUUUUUGAUUACUGAAAUCUCCAUAAAGAGUUAAAACCAGACUCAACUGGAGUACAAAAUGUAUCUGACUUGAUAAACUGGAUUAACUCAAUGCUGAUUUACACUUCAUAAACUCAAACAAUGUUCCAUGUGUGUGAAACUGGAACCACUCAGAAUAUACAGUAGUUCAUAUAUAGAAAUUGCUCCUAUAGGGAAACAAAGUAAGAUCCAUGUGUAGGACAUUGUAUAUGAAAAUUACACAAGCACAUAUACUGCUCGUGUGUUUGUAGUAAGCUGCAUAGAAUUUCAGCUUUAGUAAUGGAAAUCUUUAUCCUUUAAGUGAACUCUGAAGACAUUUUUACUCAGGAACACUUCUUACUAGUUUAUUUGUGUAUCCUGAUGUGUGAAAACUUUUUUUUAGUUAGGCUUUCUUUUUGUAUUUUUUCAUUUUGUUGUUAUGAUUGUUUUUAUACAUUAUUGUGAGCUGCCUUGUAAGAAGGUUUAUCUGAAAAGUGGAAUAUAAAUCUACAAAAUAAAUAGUGUGUUUACAGGCAAUAGUAA